AUGCCGCAAAAUACCACAAUUGACAACACUCCCCAUUCAUCGUCUACUAAUCCUGCUGAUUCAUCAAUCAUAAUUCUGGGCGCCGGCAUCAUCGGCCUAUCCACUGCUUACUACCUUUCAUCGUCAUCUUCGCCAUCAUUAUUUCAUAAUCACCACAAAGUCUCACCCCAGAAUAUCACAUUACUAGAUACAUCCCCUACUCUUUUCGCCUGCGCUUCCGGCCGUGCCGGCGGCUUCCUGGCAAAGGACUGGUUUGGCGCCGCAUCGUCCAAACUCGGUGAAUUGAGUUUUGGUUUGCACCGGCAGCUCGCGGAUGCUAAUGAUGGGAGACGACGGUGGGGUUAUAGCCCCAGUAAUAGCUAUAGUUUUGAAAGAGGUACCGGGGAAGAAGGCAGGAAGAGGGGGGAUGAUUGGCUGAGAGACGGUACUAGUCGGGUUGAUGCUUCUUCUGGGGUUGGAGGUGAAGAUGACGGGAAUGUGCAACGUGGCACUGCACCUGCUUGGUGGAACUGUGAAGGUGGAAAGGUGGAGUUAUCGUGCACCGGCGAUUCUACUGCGCAACUAGACCCGCUUGGAUUAUGCGAAUUCUUGCUCGAGGAGGUCAGGCGACGCGGGGUUACUAUUCGACAUCCGGUGACACCUGUGAGGGUUGUCCAAUCGGCCGACAAACGACUGGAAGGACUGGUUAUUUCCAAUGGGAACGGUACGGCCGAGGAGGAGCAACAGGAGGAAGUGCUUUCCUGCUCGCACAUUCUUAUCGCAGCGGGAUCCUGGAGCGGUCGGCUGUUUGAGAAGCUCUUCCCAACGUCGGGGUAUCGAUUACCGAUCUCUUCUCUGGCCGGACAUAGCAUAGUUGUCCGGUCACCAGCUCACCGGUCUCAGGAGACCGAACCUAGAGACCUCCACGCGGUCUUUUCGAGCAUCGAUGGUCUAGACUGGCAUCCGGAGGCGUUUAGCAGAGUCAAUGGGGACAUCUAUCUUGCCGGCAUAAACUCAGCAACUAUCCCGCUCCCGGAACUUGCCACAGAUGUCAAGGAAAACGACGCUGAUAUUCAAAAGUUGAUAUCUGGUGCAAAGGAUCUGAUAGUGCAAUUUGGUGUUGGUGGCGACAAAAACGACGACCACGACGAUAGCACGCGUAAUGGACUGACGAAUGAGGCAAACGUAAUCAGGAGGGGGCUAUGCCAUCGACCCGUCACGCCAGCUGGGAAACCUAUACUCUCUCGUAUUCCUGAUGCAUUUUUAGGAGGAUUGAAUACGAAUAUCGGUGGAGGUGGUGGUGUGUUCGUAGCCACAGGGCAUGGACCGUGGGGGAUUAGUAUGAGCUUGGGGACUGGGAAGGUUAUGGCCGAGAUGAUAUUAGGAGGGGAGACGACAGUGGAUGUGUCCCAAUUAGGAUUACAAUAA